UUUCAAUCUUUCCAGGUCCAGAAUUUCUCUCCAGGACAGCAAAUAGAUUCUGGUACAAGAUGUGGCUCUUAUUUUUAGUGGUUUUUGCAAUUCAAGGCAUUUUAUCUUCCACGGGAAUAGUGCCCCAAGCCAGAAAUCCUGAAGCAUACAUGAACAUUAGUGAAAUCAUUCACCAUAAAGGAUACCAAGCUGAAGAAUAUGAAAUAGCAACUUCUGAUGGUUACAUUCUCACUCUUAACAGAAUUCCACAUGGCAGAAAACAACAUUGGGGCCUAUCAGGAAAACCGGUUGUGCUUUUGCAACAUGGCUUAUGUUUUGAAGGAAGGAUAUGGGUUGCAAACAUGCCCAAUCAAAGUCUUGGAUUCAUGCUAGCAGAUGCAGGCUAUGAUGUCUGGAUAGGGAACAACAGAGGCAACUCCUGGUCUCGAAAACAUCAACACCUUACAAUUAAGCAAGACCAGUAUCAUGCUUACAGUUUUGAUGAAAUGGCCAGAUAUGACCUCCCAGCAAUGAUUUCUUUUAUUGUGGAAAAAACGAGAAAUUCCAAGAUACAUUUAGUGGGCUACUCUCAAGGUGCUACUGAAGGUUUGAUUGCACUUUCAUCCAUGCCACAUGUGGCUGAAAAGAUAAAAAUGUUCCAUGCCUUGUCUCCAGCAACCACUCUAAAGAAUUCUCAAAAUCCAAUUAUCAAAUUACUACACCUGCCAGAUGCUGCAUUAAAGGGUUUAUUGGGCAGGAGGGAUUUUUUCCUGAGAAAUGAGAUUUCGAAAAAAAUGGUCAUCCGCAUAUGCAGCUCCAUAAUUUACAACCGACUCUGCUCCCACUUUGUUUCAUUUAUUGGAGGAUAUAAUGAGAAGAAUCUAAAUUUGAGCCGCAUGGAUGUUUACAUGUCAUACUUUCCAGAUUCAACAUCCGUUCAAAAUAUACUCCACUGGGGACAGAUAUACAAAACAGGACAAUUUAGAGCUUUUGAUUAUGGGGAUGGAAACAAGGAGAGAUACAAUCAGGAUGAGCCGCCAACUUACAAUGUAGAGCGCAUUACAGUACCAAUAAGUAUAUGGUAUGGAGAAAAUGACCGGUUAGUGACGUCUGACAGUGUCAAAGCAUUAAUUAACCAGCUCCAUAGUGUUGUCUACAAAGCUAGCUUAUCUGAUUGGAGUCACUUUGAUUUUAUUUGGGGCCUUGAUGCUUCUAAGAGAGUUUACAGUCCCCUUAUUAAAUUGAUAUCCUUGUAUACAUAAUGCUGUAAAUUUGUAUAAAUUUUUUAAAAACUACUUUUUCUUUAUGUUUGUCAGAAAUUGGUGAUAUAUAAAUACAAUAUAAAUGUUA